CUGCACUUCAUUCGAUUGUACAGGAGCUGCUACAGCUUUGCCUUCCUCUGCUUUAUCAGACAACGUUGACAGAGACAGAAAACUCUGACCCAGUAAAACCAAUUUGUUCAGAGAACCAUCAGGACCAUAGAAGAGGAAAAUGUUGAGGCGAAGGCCUUCCAACGCCUCGGAGAAGGAGCAGGUGCAGAAGAAGAAGCUCACCCUGCAGAGGUCUAGCAGCUUCAAGGACUUUAUGAAACACAAACCCACGUCUCCUGUUGUGUCAGAAAAAGAGUUCAGCUUGGAGGAGACUGUGGCUGAAGGUGUCCCAGCAGAAGAAGCAGUGAAAAGUGGCCUCAAACUGGGCAAGAAAUGGCGCAACGUCAUCUCACGUACAAUGACCCGCAAAACAUCCAAGAUGGUGCAAAAGGCUCUGGCUGAGGAAGGAGGUGAGAGCGGUGAGGAGUUGUCUCCUGUCUCCCCAGACUUUCUUCCAGAUCUGACUGCAGGACAGAGGACGUCCGUGUGUUCCACGGGGUCGGAGGACACGGCGCCCAGCCCCGUUAGCCGGCAGCUCUCUGGCAGUAGUGACAGACAGAGUUUGGACAGCGGAUACUGUCAGAGGGACAGCAUGAGGCUGGACGAGAACAUCAGCUCCAACUAUAACGGACCCUUCUGUGGUCGGGCCCUGGUCCACACUGACUUCACACCGAGUCCUUAUGAUAUAGAGUCCCUGAAACUCCAAAAAGGAGACAUCAUCUACAUUAUUGAAAAGCCUCCUGUCGGGACCUGGACCGGGAAACUCAACAACAAAGUGGGCUCCUUUAAGUUCAUCUACGUCAACCUCCUUCCAGAUGAAAGCCCCCCGGCCCGGAGGAGACGGUGCAACAACAAGACCAACCGAAACAAAUCCAAACCCAAAACUCUGGAGGAAGUCCUGGACAGCAUCGGACUCACCGAGCUCAGUUCGUUGCUGUCGAUGCACGGUUUCCAGAGUCUGGAGGAUUUCGCAGGACUGAAGGAGUCUCACCUCAAUGAGCUGAACAUCACCGACCCAGAGCAGCGCUCCAAGAUCCUGAACGCCACCGACCUCCUGAGAGACUCUGAGGAGGAGUCAGAGCCAGAGGAGGAGGACAGAUCCGGAGAGAACGCCAAGGAGCCGAGAGAUUCAGGAUGUUUUGAGAGUUCAGACACGCUAGAGGGUGGACGUGAAGAGCCGAAGACAGAAGAAGAAGAAGAAGAAGAAGAGACCCAGGAGGAGACGUCAGAGGAAAAGUCGAACCAAGAGGCAGAGGAGUGUGAAGGAAACCAGACGGACGAGCUCGACGCCGUACAAGAGCAACUGGAGGAGCUAAGGGUGGAGGAAAAUUCCUGAAAAGCAAUGGAGAAAUGCACAAACUUCUGGAAAAAUCCUGAUUUUUGGGGACUCUGUCGAUGAAGGUUUCAAAGAUAAAGCUCUUCAUCAUUAGAGAGGACAAUGUCAGGUACAAACAUUCACAUAUAUCUGUUUUUCUCAGUUUGUUUAGUCUGUUAAACAUAAUAUCAAUCUCUUCAGCUGUAAAUGUAUGGGUGAGAUAUUGAGAGAAGAAUGGGUUUGGUGUCACCACGGUAUCAAAGAAGCAUUUAAGUUUUCUUUCUCUUUGUUUUCUAUGUUUGAAAUGUUUUUUUGUGUUUGUUUCGUUUGGUUUUUUUUGUGCAGUCCGAGACAACUACGAAUGUAAAAUAUAUUCACAUAUUUGCCACAUCCAUUGAAACAAACUGUUACCUUGAACAACUUUGUUUUCAUUGUGUCAGGUACGUUCCACAGAUGCCGUUAUUAAACUGAAAACUGGUAAUAAUGAUGUAAAUACAACUUGAAAUAAACAUAAUACGUUGACUUCAA